AUGGUGACUACCACUGGGAAGCUCACUGAUGGCGUGUGGGGCCCGAAGCACUACAUCCUGACGGCCAUCGCCGUGACCCUCGCCGUGAGCGCCGUGGCCGUCGUGACCUCCGUCAUCCUCAGCCCCGCGCGCCUCGUCUUCUCCGUGACCGCCACCUCCACCAACCAGCUCCAGGGAGCGCCGGUGUUGAUCCUAAACUUCACCAUGGAUGCUGCCAACCCGAGCCGCCGCGCGGGGGUGGAGUACAGCUCCCUCACGGCCCGGCUGCGGGUGUACAACGCGAGCCACGGGGCGGACGCGUCGGUGCAGACGGUGGUCCACCAGGCCAUGCCGCUCCUCCAGCCGCCGGCGAGCUGGAGGCUGGAGCAGCUUCCGUGCGUCGGCCUUCUUCGACCUGCGCUUCUUGUCCGGUUCAAGGUCGGGCUGGCCUACUCCCGCCCGUACGACGUCGAGGUGUCCUGCCAGCCCGUCGACUUCUUCACGGCCGCCGCCGCCGGUACGAAGGUCGGCUGCGUUGCCUGA